AUGAAGUGGAUAACCACCUUUCCGCUUUACCCUAUGAGCUUGAUCUCAGCAAAUAGCAUACUCCGUCAGAUGUGCUACAUAAGAAAUGUAAACGUCGUUCCAAAAGGAACAAUGGGAGAUGAACUAAAAUUUAAGAGAUCGAGUCUGGCACAUUUUUGUUACACCAAUAAUGACAUAAACAAAUUUUAUGGAAUUACUGAAAAAGGAAUUAGUGAUAAACAUCCACCUCCAUAUUUAUUAAAUUUUGAAAAAUGUAAUGAUAUUAUAUCAUUUACAGACAAAAUAGAUAAUGAUUGUUUAAACCAAAUAAAGAAUUUAGCUAGAUUGGAAAUUAUAAAAGGACAUAUAGCUAUACUACCAGAUGUACAUUUAGGGAAAGGAAUUAUAAUUGGAUCUGUAUUUUUAACAAAAGAUUUUGUUAUACCUAAUGGGGUUGGUGUUGAUAUAGGAUGCGGUAUUUUGUGUGUUAAAAUUAAUAAUUUAAAAAAAAAAAAUCUGAAUAGUAAUAUUAUAAAUAAUAUAUAUAACAAAAUAAGACGAAAUGUCCCUUUAAGUUUUGAUUCUCAUGAGAGGGAAAUAUUUGACUCAAAAAAUGUGCUAGACAAAUUAGUAACAAAAUAUGCAAGCAAAAAUAUGAUUCAUAUAAUGAAAUCAAAACAUUUGAUGCAAAUCGGAACAUUAGGAGGUGGAAAUCAUUUUAUCGAAGUAGCCUAUGACGCAUCAGACAGUAGUACUCAACAAGAGUGUAAUAAUAAUUUGUUACGAUCGUAUGAACAGGAUGAUAUAUCAACCAGAUGUGAAAUCGAAAUGAACAAUUUUUCAGAAUCUGAAAUUUACAUUUUAAUACACUCUGGUAGUAGAAACAUUGGUAAAACAACAGCUGAAUUUUAUGAUGCAAUAGCCAGCGAAGAAAGCAAAAUGAAAAAAAAUGAUUUGGCAUAUCUAGAUUUAAGAAAAGAACAAGGACAGAAUUAUUUAAAGGAUAUGAAAUUAUGUCUCGAAUAUGCAAAAUAUAACAGAAUAUAUAUGAUGAAAAUAAUAGAAAAAAUAAUUAAAGAGGAAGUUAAAUGUACAUUAGAUUGGGAAAAUGCUGUAAACAUACAUCAUAAUUUCUGCAAUAAAGAAUUAGUUAGCUAUGUCCAUAAUAAGGAAAUCAAAAAGGAAUAUAUGUAUGUAACCAGAAAAGGGGCAACGUCAUCUAAAAAAGAUCAAUUAGGUAUCAUACCUGGAAAUAUGAAAGUGGGUUCUUAUAUAGUAAAAGGAAAGGGUAAUAUGCUAUCAUAUAAUUCGUGUUCGCAUGGUUGUGGUAGAGUAUUAAGUAGAACUAAAGCAAAGCAAAUAAUUAAUCAAAAUGAUUUCGUGAAUAUUAUGAAAGGUGUACGAUGUGAUACAAACAACAAAAUCCGAGACGAGGCACCACAGGCGUAUAAAAAUUUAAACCAGGUUUUAAGAAAUCAAGAUUCUCUUAUACAUGUCGUUCGGAAGCUUCUCCCCUUGAUUAAUGUUAAGGGGUUCUAA